UUUUUUUUGGACUUUGACACCCAUUCCCGUCGUCGCCGCCGUCGUCGUCGUCACGAUUAUGGUUGUCCGGACGAACAGCGAACGAAACGAUAUGCAAUCGUCUAACGGCGGUACGAUGUUUCGAUUACAAUGUCUCUAACUGACAUUUGUCUAAUGUAUCUCUUAUUGUUUAAUUCUUAAUACCCGUUUUUUCCCCGUUUUUUUUCUAUUUUUUUUUUUUGUUUUAUUAUAAUUUUUUUACGUUUUUUUUUUUUAUAUACAUUACCUACAUAUUAAUUUUCUUUAUUUUAAUUUAAUUUUAAAUUAAACUACUUUUAUUGAAAAUUGUAUACUCGUACUUAGUAUUCUAAAUCCACUUUAGCUCGUAUAUUUAAUAUAACUCAUAAAAUCUACCAUCUCUGUCGUCUUACGUUUAUAUAUUAUUAUAAUAUUAUAUACGUUUCUUAUACACGCGGGUGGAUUUUCAAUUCGUCGUGAAGUAAAAGAAAAAGUCACAAUUGCUCGUUCGUAUUCCAAAAACACAAUUUCCAAAUUCAGAAGAAAAAUGUCAAUCGUCGAUGAUACGUCUCAUAGUUGCACCUAGAUUUAUUUAUUUAUACUAAGAAUUCGUCGAUAGAAUUAUUUCCUAGUUACGAGGAUAUCAAUUCAUUAGUAAAUAUGAAAGAUAAACCGAAUUCAACUCGUAUUUAUGACGAGGAUGGAUUUCGCAGGCGAGCUGCUUGUAUAUGUGUGCGCAAUGAUUCCGAUGAGGUGUUGUUGGUGACUUCAUCUAGUAGACCUGAACAAUGGAUUGUACCAGGAGGUGGUAUUGAACCUGAAGAAGAACCAAGUGCCACUGCUUUAAGGGAAGUAGUUGAAGAAGCUGGUGUUGUGGGCAGAUUACAUAGAAGACUUGGUACAUUUGAAGAUAGGACUCAUAUCAGACGGCAUAGAACAGAUGUGUUUGUUAUGAUUGUAACAGAAGAAUUAGCUGAGUGGGAAGACUCUUUGGGCAUAGGUCGUAAACGCAAAUGGUUUAAAUUGGAAGAUGCACUGAAUAUGUUACGUCUACAUAAACCCACUCAACACACGUACCUGGAAAGUUUUGCUCUCAAUAAACAAAAAGCAAACAUCUGAAAAAAUCAUCCUUAAAAUAAAUUAUUUGCUCCAAAUGGAAAAAAAAUACUCCCUAUGUUUAGAUUAAAGUAAUAUCAAUUUGCUAAUAGAUUUUAGUCUAUUUUUAGUUAAUGAAUUCAAUUUUAUGUUUAAUAUCAAAUUAAGUUCAUUUACUUUUAGAUAUAAGGGAAGAUUUUUUUUUUAUUUUUUUUUUUUUUUUUGAUAAUGCAGAAUUUGUAACGCUUUAAAAACAAACAUAAUUAAAAAAAUCACUGAACUGAAUAUUAAUUUAUAAAACUAUAACUAUAUGUGUAUAUACAAUAUUAUGUUAUAAUAAUAUAUCUUGUACGCACGGCUUCAAUGUUUAUGUUACUUAUUGUAUAAACAUUUGACAGACUGCCAAUAGCUUAGUGGAUUAAACUGCUGAGUUAUAUUAAUUAAUUUAGUUUAUACAUUUUUCAAUGUUAAAAUCUUUUUUUUUCAUUUGUAACCAUAAUAAUUGUAAUGCCCUUAACAUGUUUUUGGUUUGAGGGGAAAAAAUACAUUGGAAUAAUAAUAAUAAAAAAAAAAUCAUGUUUA